AUGUAUCCAUCGCUGCCUUCGCCCGCUCCAUCAGAUGUUUCAACAACUUCAUAUCACACUCUACCGCAUCCCCGCUCGUCGGGCCCACUGAAGGCUGGAUCUCGUCCCGAGUCAAAUCUAAUAGCAUAUCUCGAUGUUCAGCUUCUUGAAGUUUCGAGGAAAUAUGCUAAGAAAUUCCAUGAGGGUGGCUAUUUUGAUAUAAAGACAAUCGCUGAAGAUCUUGAGAGAUUGGUAGAUGUACUUUGGGUUUCCUCUACUCCAACUCUUCAAAUACAUUAUAUGCUUCAGAUGGCGAACUCCUUCAACGAUUAUCUUGCCUCGUUUCCCCCCCACUUGAAAGUCACACUCCGUCUAUUGGACACAUUUGAUAGAUGCUUCUACACCCUUAUAACAGAAACAUCUGCUGACCCAUCCACGCCACUCCCACCCGCAUUUUCAGCAUAUCAAAUGAACAUGACCGAAAAGGUGCGACUAAAAAGCAUGAUCGAGAGAACAAGACUGCAUGUGGUGAAGCUAUUGGAGAGUGGGAGGGGAGCGCCUGAUCCAUUAACCGAGAAUGCGGGAAAUUUUGGCGAAAGAAAUGAACAAAUAGACAUCGAUACAGAAAAUGAAACAGAGGUCGAUGGGUGUGGAAGUUAUGCAGACGACGAGGAGCUAGAAAUUGAGGUAUCAAAGGUUUAUGAUCGAUGCAUGGUUCAACUUGGAGAAGGUUUGAAGACGGUUGGAUAA